GGACUUGCCCACUCUCUCUCCAUCCCCCUCCCCCGUGCCGUCGGCCGGCCGCAUCCCCGCCGCGCGGCCUCCUACCCCUUCCCACCCACCCGCCGACGGAUCUCCGGAUCUGGGUGGCCUCGGCGCCCGCGGCCCCAACGGCACCUCCCCCGCCCCACCCGCAGCUGCCUCGGAUCCCCGGCCGUGCGCCGCGUCCCGCCGCGCUGGUGACCCGGCGUCGUCGGGCCCAGCCCUCGCCCCGCCGCCCUCGCAGGCGCCUCCCUCGUCUUCAGGGGUCGCCGCGCCGUCCUCCGCCCCUCGCCUCGCCUCCCCUCUGGCCCUCGCCUCGCCGCGGCUGGGCUGUGCCUGCAAGCUUGUCCAGGGUUUAAUAUUUUCCUGGUUGCACUACUAGACGUGAAGGAUGUUUGUUCUGAGCCAGAUUGAGCACAACCUGCCGAUGCCUCCGCACUUGCUGAAUCGCCCUCUUGUUGACGCCAUCAAGUCCGAGCUCGAGAGACUCUUCCUGGAUAAGGUGGUUGCAAAUCUCGGGCUCUGCGUGUCUGUCUAUGACAUCCGUAAAGUCGAAGGAGGAUUCAUCUUUCCAGGAGAGGGUUGCUCGACGUACACAGUUUCCUUUAGGUUAUUGAUGUUCAGGCCCUUUAUUGGGGAGGUUCUUGUUGGGAAGAUCAGUGGAUAUGAUGAGAAGGGCUUACAAGUUUCACUUGAUUUUUUCAGCGAUAUAUGCAUUCCGGGACACUUGAUGCAAUUUGGCACAGUGAGGGGAGAGGACGGCAGGUGGGCGUUGAAGACUGAAGAUGGUGAUGAACUUCCUCUUGACAUUGAUGACGAGAUACGAUUCUUGGUGUCCAGCAUAAAGUACCCACCUAUACCAGUUGAGCAAAAGGAGGAUGACAGGCCAUUUGCUCCAAUGCAGAUAAAUGGAAGUAUUAAAGGAGAUGGUCUUGGCCUUCUUGCCUGGUGGGCGCCCGAUGAAGAAGAAGAAGAGGGCGAUGAAGAGGGCGAGGGCGAGGGUGAGGAAGAGCAAUAAUAGCAAGUUGUUUGUGGGAACAUUUUUAUGCAACUUUGUAGUAUCGCAGUUUCACUGGCAAGUAAAGAAGAAAAAUGGUCAGACUCGAAGUGGGAAAUACUACAUCGCACUUUGAGACAUCCUAGCUAGUUCCGGGGAAAUACCCUUUGGCUCAUGGGCGUAUAUGUGGAUUUAUUUUUUAAUUAAUUUUAGGAAAAAAAAUGAGAGCUUUUUCUACAGUAAACUUGACUUUCUUUUGCACUAGCAUAUAAAUUUUCACGUAAAAAACCAAUUUUGACUUCAGGGCAAAGAAAACCAAUUUUAUUUGCUAUUAUAGGUUAACUUUUUACUCCUAA